UAUGGUCUUUACCUUCAUUAGUCCUUAAUCUGAAGGCCACAUCCAUAUCGACAGUCACGUGAUUUUCUUUUUUAAUAAAAAAUUAUAGGCCUAGAUGAAACUGCAUCCGACAUUGAUAUAUAACAAUAUAUUGAAUAUUGUUGAAAAUCGUGAUAUUCUUGAUGAAAAUGAAAGUAAAAAGCAUAUGACUAUUCAAGCGAGCACCUGUUUUUUUUUUUUUUUUAUUCUCACAAAAUAUGUUUCAAAGAAUAUCAAUUUCACUCUUCUAAUAUUGCGAAGAAUGAUGUUCAAUAAUUUUCAAGAAAAGACGUCCAGCACAUGUUAAAGGAGAAAUUGAAUUUGACAUGUUUGUAAUUUUAUGAACUCCAUAUCAGAUAAAUUAUUGUUGACAUGUAUUCAGUCUAAAAUAUGAAAUACUUCAUCAGACGUUCUUUCUACAUUCAUUUUUAUAUUCAACCCCGUCAGAUUUACGCACAGAGCGAAACUGAUGUGUAGUAAACACGAAAUUAGCGUGUGAAAUUUCACGACCACGUAACAAGCUGCUGACUUCCCGUCUUUGUCCCGAGUACACAAAGGUAGCGCGACAAUCUCUACCUGGGGGUGUGUGGCGGUCGUCUAUGCCCCAUAGGCCGGGACAAACACUCGCACUUAAGCCAUUCCAGCUGAGUCUACAUUAUACCUAUGUGCGUUGUUGUUGACCCUGCUCUUUGUUUAUCUACACACGUGUGACCGGCUAGUGCGCUAGACCAUCACAAUUCCUUAGCCCCGCCCACCACAUUCCGACACAUGUGGCGCGAUUCACAGAUGGCGACAUAAUAGAACGAAGGUUUUUAUUUGUGGAGAGAGUAGACGUUCAGUAACAUCUGUUAGACAGCCGGGGGAUAAGACUCGCGCGAUCUCACGAGAAAUCAUUCUGGGUGUUGUUCAGCUUGCAGGGAUACACAAUGAGGGGAACAAAAUGUCUAUAUUCACCAGGUGACGUUUUCCAGACAAUUCCUUCUCUAAUGCCAGGACACACAGUACAACAUCCCGCCAUGAUUGGGUUAUCGCCCAUCGAGCAAGCGGAAGUCAUUCUAACCGGGUACAGAGACUGCGCGGCAGAAGCUAUACGAUACCUUGUAGAAGAGGAACGUUUCGCCGUAGAUGAUCCAAUUGUUUUAGGACUUCGGAAACAUUUAUACGAACAGCAACGUGCAUUAAAUAUACACAGAAUUUUGUCUAACUUGGAAAACAAUCCAGUCUACCUCGAUAGUGUACAGAAUGUGGCUUUGGAUGAUUCGGGUAUCGACGACGUAGAUUUGUGUUGCAAUGAAAAUCACAUGACUUCUGAGGUACAGGUCCAAAACGAGGCUCCUUCAGAACCUCAACAGAGUGCGAUAAGCACGAUACCACCGGAAGUUGAUCGUGACGCUGUUGUGUCACUUGCGGAGGAAAUUCUGUCUCUCAUAGAGCUAGAAGACUCUUCAGGCGGUAUGGAGGAGAUGGAAAUGGAGGAGGAAGAGGAACUUCCGAUUGUUUAACUCCGAGUGUUAGUUUAAUUAUUAUCUACUAAGCUGUUUGUGUUAUGCAGUUCCCAACUUCCCAUGUUGUAUAAUGAAUAGAGGAAUGACUUUGUAACAAGAAUUAGAUCUCGGUAAUGUGACACACACAUGAUGAUUGUCUCUAUGGUCGAGAUGACUGUAUGAUUUAUCAUUAAACAAUCAUGUACCAUGAAAUGUAAUAAUGAUUGCAUUAUAUAUUAUGUAAACUAAGGUACAUUUCAGCACUCCAAAUUUGAUCCCCUAGUUCAUUUCAUUUUUCUAUUAUGUCACGAUAAUUCGAAAAAGUCUGCGAUUAAGGCACAACCAGAAUUUCCUCUGUUCCUUGAAGGAAACCUUUGAUGUUGUGAGCUGUUUUAGGCACUUUUUACGAACCCAUACCUGUGAGAGAGAAAUUACAAACGCCAUUUUUGUUUUUAUUUAUUACAGUAUUAGAUAUUGGAGGCUCCGCAAUAAUACCAAUGCCUUUGCUAAAUUUUGUCUUGCAUACGAAUGAUAUUCAAGAAUUUUUCAUAGUGAAGUCUCUUAUUUUUAAUUUACAUAUUGUGUUUCUAAGUAAUUGCUUUAUGUGUUCAGGUAUUCUUAUAUACCAUGUAUAUCUAUAUACCUUAAUGUAUGUUUAUUUUAUUUAAUAUUUAAUUUUUUGCCCAUGUUUUUUAAAAAAAUUCUUCUUGUUUUAUAGUUUAUCAAUAAAUUUUUCAUAAA